AUGGCCCCUUUCGUACUGGAAAGGCAGACAAAAUCCGAUUCUUCCAGCGAAGCUACUGUCGACGUCCAUGUCCUCUUAGCUGGCCAUCUUACUUUACCAGAAAAGUAUUUCGUCCAUCCCGCAUCAGAUACAGCUAGACGAACUGUGCCCUCUUUAUCGUUUCUCAUCCAGCAUCAACAUCCAGUGUCGAAGAAGUUGACCCGUAUUGUCUUUGACCUGGGACUGCGACGAAAUACAGACCGUUAUCCAGACCCGAUUAGGCGACAUAUAGCAACGAGACAACCUCUUACUACAGACCCUGAUGUUGUUAAAAGUCUUGCAGCAGCUGGUGUAACGCCGAAUGAUAUAGAUUAUGUUAUUUAUUCUCACGUUCACUGGGAUCAUAUCGGAGAACCUCGUGACUUUCCAAGAAGUAUCUUCAUCGUUGGUAAUAAAACAAUGAGUCUCCUCCAUGGGAAGCCCGAUACACUCCAUGGCAGCCAUUCUUUCUUCGAACGAGAUCUUCUUCCCCAAGACAGGACGAUUGAACUAAGCGAUCCCAACAUUACUUCUACGCAAACUCCAAACCAGGAUAUCCCAAUCGGCGAACCAGACUUUCGCCAACCAUGGACAACUCACCCUGACCUAGGUUCUGUCAUCGACUUAUUCAAAGAUGGAAGUCUCUAUAUCGUCGACGCCCCGGGCCAUUUACCUGGGCAUAUCAACCUUCUGGCAAAAACAGCCCCUGGGAGAUAUGUAUACCUAGCCGGCGAUGCUUGCCAUGAUAGAAGGAUCAUGCGUAGGCAGAAGGAUAUUGGGGAAUGGCACGACCUAGAAGGGCAUCUGUGUUGUAUGCAUGCGGACAAGAAGGUAGCAGAGGAGACUAUUGGUAGGAUCCGGGAGUUAGAGCGGAAGGGUGUAGAGAUCAUUUUCGCUCAUGAUGUUGAGUGGGAGGAGGAUAGGCGGAAUAAGUCGCGCUUUCUGCGUCCGCGAUUGUGA